AUGAUCAAAAUAUUUUUUGCAUUGAACAUUGAACAAGUUCUACCAGGAACACCUGACCAAUGGUUAUCUACAGCUGAUGUGAGUGAUUGGACACAUCAUAAUUUAAAUGCUGAUGAAGAUGCAUUAAGUGGACGACCUGAAGUAGUAGGUUGUGGUCGAUCAGUUGGUGGUGUAGUGACAGCAUGUGUCGGUUUCUCAAAAGUUCCUUCAAAUAGUAAUAAUAAUAUUAAUAAUAAUAAUAAUCAUAAUAAAAAUUCAUUAACUCGUACAGGUGCAUUCACUAUUGGUACAAAAUUAGAGCAUAAUGAUGCAACACUUAAAAAUACUGUUACUACAACCUCUACGAUGACGACAACAGCAACAACAACAACAACAGCUACAAUCACUUGUUCGAAUACUGGACUCAAUACAGAUUAUAUUCGUCCUAUUCAAUUGCAACGUAUGAUAUCUCGUUGUUCAUGUGAAGUAUUUUACAUACAUUAUCAACCUGCUGAUCCAGCGAAUUUACCACUUCCACAUUUAAUUCCACCGUUAUCAUUAGAUGAAACAGAAGUGGUUCGUAAUCCAGAGGGUGCUGAUACAGUUACCCUGUUGCAUCACACACUGAAUGUUUUCACUAAUUCUCUCCAAUACCAUAUGAUUGUGGAAAUUGUCAAUGACCUGUUGUUGUAUGUUGAACCACAACGAAAAGCUAAAUUGGAACGUAAUCGUUUAACAUUUGGUUUAAUGUCCGAAUCACAAGUUCGUUUAGCUAUAUUACGUGAUCAAGAGACAUUACGUCGUAUGAUUUUUGAACAACGCCAAUUGGAACAUUAUUUAUGGUCAUAUGUUAGACAAACUAUGCAAGAAUUAGGCUUACAUGCUAAUAAUUCUGCUUCAAUGGAUUAUUUUUAUCCUACACCUUUUUAUUACUCUGCUUGUACUACUACUAAUACUACUACUGAUAAUAUUAGUAAUAAUACGUCAACAAGGACAGCAAAUUUAACUCUGAAAUUAGUCAAUUGUAUUCAAACUGCUCGACAAUUAGAAGCUCAAAUUAAUCAAUUAAAAUCGAGUAUUAUCGAUUUGAAUGGCAUAUUAUCACAACGUUUAGAACAUUAUCAACAAUUACAAAUACAAAUACAACGUCGACAUAUACGUAAAGCCAUGUCAUUUCGACGACAACCAAUCAAUAAAUCAUCCGGUUCAUCAUUAUCAUUUACUAAUGAAUAUUUCUCUUCCACUAUUCAUAAUAAUAAUCCUAAUUUGAAUUUCAUGCAAAAACCAUCCAAUGAUGAUUUUAAUCGCACAAUUCAAAUCAACAAUAAUGAUUCUGAAUCUUUUAUGCAACAAAAUAGAAUAAAUUUACGUCCUGCAUCUUCUACAGACUAUUUAAUUCAUGGAAAUACGAACAAUAUGACUAAUAACAAUAUUCAUCAAAAUAAUUUACUUACUGAAACUGUCAUAACAGAAAGUGGCAAUAAGUCAUUGCCAUCAUCUUCAUUAAUGGAUAGUGGUGAUAGUAAACCAGCGGAAGUUGUUCGACGAAGUGAGGUAUGUUUUGAGCAUGCAAGAUGGCGUAUGACUGAAAAUGAUGGACAAAUCGGUUUAGCUGAUGUAGAACUACGUGGUUUUAUUUAUACAAAAACACAUCGUCAAGAUGAUUCCGGUUCACAUCGUUUGGAAUUAGGUUGGAUACGUGUUUGUAGUUUAGCGCCAAAUUCAUUUUAUCGAGAAGUUUUAGCUCCUGAUGUAUCCGGUGGUCGGUAUGCUGGUGGUCCAAUUCUACGUAUAGCUUGUUCUGAUUUAGCUCCAGUUGGUGGAAUCUCUGUGAAAGAAGCAAUGGAAAUCAGUGUUGCACCAAUUGUAUUACAGAUGAGUAAACAGUUCUAUCGAAUAAUGAUGCCUUUCUUUUUUCCUGAAAAAUCUGAAGAUACUGCCACUAGUAGUACUGUUACGGCUACUCCUGUUCAUACUACAACUGUUACGAAUCCUGUAGGAGAUUGUAUCAAUUCAUUAGCAUACACUGAUCAUCCAUUUAUGAUUCCACACGAAAAUGUCAGUGGCUUCCAUGUUAGUAAUAGUAGCAAUGCUUUUCAUUGUCCUAAUUCAAAUCUCUCUACCGGUCUGGAUAACUCACGUUACAUAGAUUCAUCAGAGAAUAUUAUUUUACCGCGUAAAUCAUGGCUAAAACGUUAUCUAUCACGAUAUUUACCACAUCGUAUACAGAAUAAUCAUGAUGAAAAUGAAUCACUGUCAACAUUAUCUCAACCAAUAAACUGUAUGCAUAACUCUCACCAAUCAGAUUUAUCCAUACCGAUUGUGACUACAACAACAAUAACUGUUACUACUUCAUCGUUGACAUCAUCACCAGUAUAUAUAGCACCAAACAAUUUAACCAUUGAAGCUGCUCUAUCUGGACGAAAUUAUUGCAGUGUUAAUGAUAAUUGGAAUGCAUUGAAUAAUAGUAUUAAUGAUAACAAUAAUUAUAAUCAUACAUCAAGACCAAGAACAGAGACAACAAUAGCACCAUCAUCAUCGUCAUCACGGCCAUCAUCUCCUGUAACAACGUUUAAAUUGUUACAAAUGAUGAAUAUGCGGUCAAAAUUACCUAUAGUCGAUUAUUUGCCUAAUCAUAAUGAAUUGAAAUUCCCCAAUCUUUGCCACAUAAAUGAAUCGAACGCUAACUCUUCUGUCAUGUUCAUGCAACAACAUUCAUCAUCCGAAUAUGUACAACAAUUAUUAUUACCUAUAAAUAAUAAUACAUGCACAUAUUGUCAAUCGAAUCAUUUCAUUUCGAAUCAACAUCAUCAUCAUUAUCAUCAACAUCCUAUAAAUAAUCUGUCAUUCUAUUAUCAUCCAAUCAAUUAUGGAUCUGUUCCAAUGGAACAUGCAACACUAUUAACCAAUCAAAUUGAUUUACAUCAUUCAACUAAUAAUAAUACAACUAUACCAUUGAAUCCAGUCGAUGUGAUGCAGGAAAGAGCUCGUCAGAAUAAAGUAUUUUUAUACAUUAAAAUCCCUGGAUUUCCAAUACGUUUAAGUUAUAAGGGCGAAAAACAAAAAAAUAUCACUGAUGUAACACGUUUUGAAUUGUUUAUUCCAACAUUGGAAUAUCACAAUUGUGUUUGGACAUGGUUAGAUUUUGUGAUGGAAGUGAAAACUCGUAUACGUAAACAACUUGUCCGUGAAGUAAUAAAGAAAAAACUUACACCUCGUCGACGUUUACCAUUUCUACGUAUCUCUGGUACUAGUAGUAAUACUAAGAAUGAUAACACUAAUGAUAAUGCUACAAGUAGUAGUAGUAGUAUUGAUUCUAAACCGCAUGAAUUAACCGAAUCAAAUAUUUUACUAUCAUCUGUUGGCCGACUCAGUGCACUAACUACGUCUACUGCUGGCAGUCGUCGUGAUUCAACGCAUCAUCCAUCUGAUGAUAAUGAUAAUGAUGACUUGAUCGAUCCGACAACUGUAGCUGCACAAGAAGAAAAAGCACAACGUGAUUUGGAAAUGAUAUUGGGUCGUCAUGCACAAAUACAACCUCAUAAAACUGGCAAACGAAAACGUUUUAAAUCCAAACCAUUUUAAAAAUUGAUUUCACUGAUGUUUUGGUUUUUCUUUUGAUUUUCUUUUUCUGCUGUUUUCUUUUUUGCACAACUCUCUAAUUUUGAUUUUUUUUUGAUUGUUAUUCUCAAUCAUUUAACAAUGAACAAUAACGAUUGAGCUUUUAUAAAAGUUUAUUAUUUAUUCAAGACAAAAAAAACAGCAACACACAAACGACGCACAAUUUUUAUGAAUUAAUCUUGCUAGUUCUCCUGAUAUAUAUAUAUAUAUGUAUAUA